CACACCCUCUCUCUCACACACACGGACACACCUCAGUGGAGAGCUGUACAGGUGGGUCUACCAGAGGACGGCUGGUCUCCUGGGCAGCACAAGUCUGGAGAUAAAUGUCAUCCUUCAUCUCCUCAGGUUUAGCUCCAGGUGGAGCGGACCGUGCAGCGGUCCAUCUGUCAGGAGCAGUUUCCCCUGGUGGUUUGCAGCCCCUUCCUGAGGAGGCAGAGCCACUCGAGGAAUCUGAGAAAUCUGCAGCAACGGCAGAUGAGUUGGAGAUGUAUUCAUAUGAUAGUUCCCCAGACAGUGACAGCGAGGACGAUGGCAAAAAGAAAAAGAAAAAGAAGAAGAUAAAGAAGAAGAAGAAGAAAAAGGAUUCCAGCUCCUCCUCCUCCUCCUCCUCUUCCUCCUCAUCUUCAUCCUCUUCCUCCAGCAGCUCUUCAGACAGUGACAGUGAGGAUGAUAAAAAGAAGAAGAAGAAAAAGAAGAAGAAAGAUGAGAAGGAGAAGAAAAAGGUUGCUGGCCAAGAGUACAUCUACAACAAUGCUCUCAUAUCUGAGGAGGGUCAUGAUGAUCAGCAGGAAAGUGAGUCUGCCGACGGUCAGAAGAUGAACCCGGAGUACAGCUCAUCAGAUGAGGAGGAUGACAAGAAGAAAAAGAAGAAGGAGAAGAAGAAAAAGAAGAAGAAGGAUUCUUCUUCCUCCUCUUCCUCCAGUGAUUCUUCUAGUGAUGACGACAAGAAGAAAAAGAAGAAAAAGAAAGACAAGAAAAAGGACUCAGAUUCUUCGAGCAGUGAUGAUGACAAGAAGAAGAAGAAAAAGAAGAAAGACAAGAAGAAGAAAAAGAAGAAGGACAAAAAGAAGGACUCCAGUUCUUCAGGCUCAUCUGACAGCUCCAGUGGCAGUGAGAAAGAGAAUAAAGACAAGAAGGACAAGAAGAAGAAAGAGCAUUCAGGCUCAUCUGGAAGUGAAACCGAAAAGGACGAGAAGAGUGAUAAACUUGACGGCGAGUCAAAAAGUGAGCCCAGAAUGCAAGUUUCAGCCUCGGGUCGUGGCGGACUCUCUGCUAGCGGCGGCGGCGGCAGCAGCUCCAGACCCGCAGCUACUCCCCUCGUCUCCAUCUCACCCCUCCCCUCCAAACCCGUCAUAAGGCAGGAACCUUCCAGCACUCCCUCCCUCUCUUCGGGUACUUCAUCGUACUCCUCCAGCAUUUCAUCUUACUCCCCGGGCCCUUCGUCGUACACCCCGAGCUCUCCGUCUUACUCUUCGGGGAUAUCCUCUCUCUACACGGGCCCCUCCUCUCUCUCCUCGGGCACUUCCUCUUACUCUCCAGGUAAAUCAUCUCUCUCCUCGGGUUCUCCAUCUUCAUCUCAUUCCUCGGGUGUGUCAGCUCUCUCCUCGGGCGCGUCAUCUUACUCUCCAGGUAAAUCUUCAAUGACCUCGGGUAUCUCGUCUCUCUCCUCGAGCUCUCCAUCUCCAUCUCAUUCCUCGGGUGUGCCGUCCUUCUCUUCAAGCACGUCGUCUUACUACCCGGGUAAAUCGUCUCUCGCCUCGGGUAUCUCGUCCCUCUCCUCCGGUAUAUCAUCCCUCUCCUCGGGCUCUCCCUCUCAUUCCUCGGGUGCAUCGGCGCUCUCCUCCGGCGCUCCGGCGCUCUCCUCCGGCGCUCCGGCGCUCUCCUCCGGCGCUCCGGCGCUCUCCUCUGGCACCUCGCUUGACUCCUCGGGUGCCUCGUCGCAGCCCAGCACCCUCUACAGCUCCUCGCUGAGCAUGGGCCGCAGGCCGCCCAGCCCCAUGGAGAAGCUGAUGGGGAGUCCGAUCAAGCGGUACGGAGAGUCCACCAGCCGCACCUCCAGCGACCUGCUCAGAGGCCCCAAGCCCUACCAGCAGUGAGCUCCAUUUACCGAGGAGUUGCUGAUUUGAAAAAGGAAAAAAAAAAAACCUUGAAAAUGAUGAUGAGGAACUUUUUAACCGCUUGUUUUCGCUCACUGCGAUAUGGUACGAGGACUUUUUUUCUGUGCUGUUGCUGAUGGAACAGAGAGGCUUCUGGGUAAUGAUGAAAAUGUGUUUGUUGUGGGAGAUAAUUAUGACAUGAAAAAUUUUUUUAUAAUAAAAUGUGCAUUUAUGAAGGGGUAGGAAAAUCACAAUUGCAUGAAACAUUUGCUCAAAGGGAAUAAAAUAUAAAAAUUCA